UCCAUGUCGGAAGACUGUCAUGUCACGACACAAUUUUUCGUUCAUAAAAAUCAUCGUCUUUCUCAGUUAACUCAUAACCAAAAACCAGAUAUGAUUUCUUUUUUCUUCUUCCUCUUUCUCUUUCUCUCUCUCCUCUCCUGCUCCCAUUCCACUACCGCUAUCGCUUCCACCAUCACCACCAACACUUUAGAUGUCGCCUCUUCAGUGCAAAAAACCCUCGACCUCCUAAACCCUACUUUCCUCCAAAAACAAUCCGAAAAAACCCAAACCGAAACCAAAACUACUUCUUUGUCUUUCACUUUACAUCCUCGAUCCUCCGUCCACCAUAACCAACACUACCACGAUUACGAAUCAUUAACUCUCGCCCGACUUGCUCGUGACUCACACCGAGUCACCUCACUCAUAACAAAACUCAAUUUCGCUAUCUCCGGAACCAACAUAUCAGAGACGAAUCCAGUGUAUAAAGCGGACACUUUAACAACGCCCGUUACGUCGGGUUUAUCUCAAAGAAGCGGGGAGUACUUCGCAAGAGUUGGACUCGGUACACCGGCCCAAUCGUAUUACAUGACAAUCGACACCGGAAGUGACCUAACUUGGCUUCAAUGUAAGCCAUGCUCCAAUUGCUACCAACAAACCGACCCGAUUUACGACCCGUCGGGCUCAAGUUCUUACAAUGUAUUACCUUGCACUUCUGAGCAAUGCGAGUCACUUGACACGUCAGCAUGCGAGAGUAACACGUGUUUAUAUCAAGUGUCGUACGGAGACGAAUCAUUUACCGUUGGCGAUUUCGUUACCGAAACGGUGUCGUUUAAUUCAGGAUCUUUUCCGUCCGUAGCCGUCGGUUGCGGUCACGAUAACGAAGGUUUGUUCGCCGCCGCAGCCGGACUUCUCGGACUAGGCCGACAUCCGUUGUCUUUUCCGUCACAGAUCAAAUCGACGUCGUUUUCGUACUGUCUUGUUGACCGUGAUUCGGCCAACGUGUCCACGUUGGACUUUAACUCCGUACCGCCGGCGAACUCCGUCACCGUGCCGUUACUACAAAACCCUAAGAUGAAGAGUUUUUAUUACGUCGGGUUGACUGGAAUAUCCGUCGGUGAACGACCGUUACCCAUCCCACCGUCCAUAUUCGCCAUCGACGGUUCCGGAAAAGGUGGAGCGGUGGUGGACUCCGGCACUGCCGUGACUCGGUUACACACUCAGGCUUACAACUCGUUGCGGGACGAGUUUACUCAGCAAGGAAGUAGCUUGAAACGGACUAACGGAUAUGGGUUGUUCGAUACGUGUUUUGAUUUUUCGGAAAUGACGAGUGUGAAGGUGCCGGAGGUAGCGUUUAUUUUCGCCGGAGGUAAAACGUUGUCGUUACGACCGGAGAAUUAUCUGGUUAAGGUUGAUUCAAGUGGGAAGUUUUGUCUGGCAUUUGCUCCAACGGCGGAUGCAUUGUCGAUCAUCGGUUCUAUCCAGCAGCAAGGGACACGUGUUGGUUAUGAUAUGGGGAAUUCGGUCGUUAGUUUUUCGCCAAAUGAUUGUUGAAUUAUUAAGGAAACAUUUGAUCAUGAUAUGUGUAUCUUUUAUGCAAACAGACAAAUGUACCUGGUACUGGAGUACCUAAUAAUUAAAUAAUUUGUUUGCUUGAUGUGACACAUGAAAGUGUAAUGAUAUGAAUGUUGGAUUUUACGAAAAA